CACCUCCACCACCACCACCACUACCACUACCACUACCACUACCACCACCACCAUGCCUCUUCACAGUGCAGGCAUCUUUCCCGCCAAAGACACCGACUUCGCAAGCUUUCCCUCUCGUCGAUCCGUCGUCCACAGCACCAAAGGCAUCGUUGCAUGCACACAGCCUCUCGCGGCCAAAUGUGGCAUCGAAAUCUUACAAAAGGGCGGCAAUGCUGCCGAUGCUGCCGUGGCGGUCGCCGCAGGCCUGAACAUGACGGAGCCAGGCAGUACGGGCAUCGGAGGUGACAUGUUCUGCCUCUUCUACAAUGCGAAGACGAAAAAGGUGCACUCUCUGAAUGGCUCUGGGCGAUCGGGCAAGAACCAGACGCUGGCGAGGGUGAGGCAGAGCCUGGGCAUCAAGGAUGGAGAGGUUGGAAAGAUCCCCAUGACGAGUGUGCAUGCCGUUAGCAUACCGGGCGCGGCGGCGGGCUGGGUGGACACGGUGGAGAAGUUGGGGAGUGGCAGAGUCAGUCUGGAAGAGGUUCUGGAGCCCGCUGCGAAGUUGGGUGCGGAGGGUUUCCCCGUCAGCGAGCUCAUGUCUUCUUGGUGGGAGAGCUCCGAGGAACGGAUUCGAAAGGCAUCACCAAACUUCCGAGAAAUGCUCAAGAAGGACCCAGCGGCACCAAAUGGCUGCAGAGCUCCGCGACCGGGCGAGAUCAUGAAGAACCCCACGCUGGCGGAAACGUUCAGGACGGUGGGCAAGCAGAAGAAAGCAGGCUUCUACCAGGGCCGCAUUGCAGAAGAGAUCGUAAAGGUGGUGCAGGAUCUGGGCGGGCACUUGACAUUGGAAGACUUGAAGAAUCACGCGGAUAUCGGCACCGAGGAGACAGAGGCCAUCAGUUUGAAGUUCAAGGCCCAGGAUGUGGCCCAGUCUCACGGCCAGCAUAUGCAUGACAAGAGUUCCGAAGGCGUAGAGUUGUGGGAACAUCCCCCCAAUGGACAGGGAAUCGUGGCGCUGAUGGCACUGGGAAUCAUCGAGCAGCUGGAGACCAGUGGUAAGAUCUCGAAAUUCACUCCGGAAGACCACAAUUCCGCGGCAUACGUGCAUGCCGUCGUCGAGGCGCUGCGUAUCGCGUUUGCAGAUGGGAACUGGUGGAUAGCCGAUCCCAAGGUCGCGAAGGUGCCUACCAAAGAGCUCAUCAGCCCCGAAUAUCUUGCUGAGAGAGCAAAACUCUUCAGCCCUGACAAGGCGAGCCAGAUGCUGGACCACGGCUCGCCCGCCCACAACCAUUCCGACACCGUCUACUUCUGCGUGACAGACAGCGAAGGCAACGGCAUCUCGUUCAUCAACAGCAACUACGGAGGUUUUGGCACAUGCAUCAUUCCGCAAGGCUGCGGUUUCACGCUGCAAAACCGAGCAGCCAACUUUGCACUGCAACCCGAGAACCAUCCCAACAUCCUCGCACCCAACAAGAGACCCUACCACACCAUUAUCCCAGCGCUGGUGACCAACGUCUCAGAUCAGAGCUUGCACAGCGUCUACGGCGUCAUGGGCGGCUUCAUGCAACCGCAAGGACACGUGCAAGUCCUCCUCAACCAGCUCGUUUUUGGCUACACGCCCCAAGCGGCUCUCGACGCGCCGCGAAUUUGCAUCGGCGCGGGCAUGCCCGAUUCGGGCGAUGUCAUGGACCGGACCGUCUAUCUCGAAGAGGGCAUCCCUGCCAGCACGGUCGAGGGACUGCGCAAGUUGGGCCACAAAGUCGAAGUGGUUUGUGGACAUGACAGAGGCUUGUUUGGACGAGGACAAGUCAUUCGAUGGGCUUUGGAUCCCGUGGAACAGCAGGGCGUCUGGAGCGCUGGGAGCGAUCCGAGAGGUGAUGGCCAUGCUGUUCCGUGCUAGGCGGGCGACGUUUGAGAUGAUGAAUUUUUGUUGCGUAUUUUUUAAAGACUUGUGUGCGAGAGACAGAUUCAACCUCGAAAGUACGUUCAGCUGCUUGUUUGGGGAAAGCUAUAUUUAUGAACAUGAUUUUCUGUUUUUUUUUCCGGACCAAAUGCAAGACUCUCACAUGAACACUACGAGGUACCAGCCUUGCCUUGGUCAUUAUAUUCCUUUUUGAUCCAC